GUGUCAGUGGGGUGGAAAUGUAUCAGUGAAAACCCCUCUGUAACCUGGCCACAACGGACCAUGGACAUUGUCUGCUGCUGAUCCCAAACAUAGAGCUGCUUCAGAAACACUUGGACAAGGAGUUGUGUGUGUGGACCAAUAGACCAGUAGGAUGGCAGACUUUGGGCUGUAUGAGUACCAGGAGGAAGUGGUUCAACGGGCUCUACGGGGGGAGAACAUCAUCAUCUGGCUGCCCACUGGAGGAGGAAAGACACGUGCUGCUGUGUAUGACAGACACUUCACAAUAAGGAGUACCCAUACCUGACACAGUAAAGCCCUGGAACCUAAGCUAACACACCUUAAAGACGGAGUUCACUCUGCUGAUCAUUGAUGAGUGCCACCACACUCAUAAGGAGGGUGUCUACAAUAAGAUCAUGGGGGCGCUACGUGGCACAGAAGCUGAAGGGGGAGAGACUGCUGCCGCAGAUCCUGGGCCUCACUGCCUCUCCUGGGACAGGGGGAGCCAAGAGCAUCAAAGGAGCUGUGGACCAUGUGCUGCAGAUUUGUGCCAACCUGGACUCAGUGAUUGUGUCGUCCAAAGUGUACGCCCCUGAGCUGAAGAAAAAGGUCCCCAGACCCAGGAAAAGGUUUGACAUCGUUGACAGAAGACCUCAGGACCCAUUUGGGGAUCACCUGAAGUUCAUGAUGCAGUUUAUCCAUGACUUCAUGGCCUUAGGGCCUGACUUUCCUGUCAGGGAGUUUGGCACGCAGGAGUACGAGGCAGACGUGGUGAUUCUGGAGAAGAAGGGUGUGACAGACAGGAACAGACUGCUGGCCCAGUGUGCUCUCCACCUGCGUCAGUACAACGACGCCCUGCUCAUCAACGACACUGUGUGCAUGGUGGAUGCCUUUAGGGUCCUGGAGUCCUACUAUAGUACCAAGACCUCCACUGCCACGGAUGGAACCGACUUCUUCCUGCUUGGGCUCUACCAGGAGAACGAGGUGGAGCUGAGGAAACUGGCAGGCGAUGCCCGGUUUGAAAACCCUAAGAUGGGGAAGCUUCAGAACACCCUGCUGGAGCAGUUUGACCAGGGUGAACACUCCAGAGGGAUCCUGUUCUCCAAGACCCGUAAAAGCACCCACUGCUUGUAUGACUGGGUGUCCAACAACCCAGCACUGCAGCAUGCUGGUAUCAGGGCAGCCAUUCUGACUGGCGCUGGCAAUGGCACCAAUUACAUGACCCAGAAUGAGCAGAAGGACACAAUCCGCAACUUCCGCCUGGGCUCCCUCAACCUCCUGAUCUCCACCAGCGUAGCCAAGGAGGGCCUGGACAUCCCAGAAUGCAACCUGGUGGUGCGCUACGGGCUGCUGACCAAUGAGAUCGCACAACAGCAGGCCAGUGGCCGGGCUCGGGCGAGUGACAGCGUUUACUCUGUGGUGGCCCAGGCGGGGGGGCGGGAGGUGCGUCGGGAACUCCUCAAUGAAUGUCUGGAGGACUUGACUGGCAGGGCCAUCGGCGAAGUGCAGAGGAUGGAGCCCAGGGAGUUCCAAAUGAAGACCACUGAUCUCCAGACAGAAACGUUGUUGACAAGACAGUUGGCAGAGCAGUUGAAGAUCAAGAAGAGGAGUCGUUUCAGUGCUGCUACGGUUCAGCUCUCGUGUCGAGACUGUGUUGUGCCCGUGGCCUUUGGCAAUGACAUUAAAGUCAUUGAAAACGCACACCAUGUCAACAUCAACCCGGACUUUGAGAAGUACUAUAAGACCGGUGGGCAGCCCGCGCUGAAGACUUUUGAGGACUGGCAGCCAGGCCGUGUGAUCAGCUGUGCUGCCUGUGGCAAGCAAUGGGGAAGGGAAAUGGUAUAUAAGGAGAUUGCCCUGCUGCCCAGUCUGGCCAUCGAGAACUUUGCUAUGGAGACUCCGGAGGGAAGAAAAUUAGCCAACAAGUGGAAGAAAGUUGAGUUUACAGUGGAGGAGUUUAACUUCAGCACGUACUGUCAAAACAGAUUCCCUAACAUGUUGGAUUGAUACGCUAUUACACUGGAGGAAGGACUGUAACUGGGGGCUUUCAUGGUGUUUCCACCUCGUACUGUUUUCACCUUUCCACUAACCUUCUCUUCCUUUCUCUCUCUGUCUGUCAGUCUGUGUUGCUUAGUCUAGACUACCAUUGUGUUACUUAUGCAUGAUCCUGAAGUGUGUCAUUGUCCUAUUUUCUAUUUUAUUCCACCUUUAUUUAACCAGGUAGGCUAGUUGAGAACAAGUUCUCAUUUACAACUGCGACCUGGCCAAGAUAAAGCAAAGCAGUGCGUCACAAACAACAACACAGAGUUACAC